AUGGCGGGCAACAUCACCGGCGCUCCGGCCCACGCCCAGUCCUCUUUACCCUCACUGCCCGCACAUCUUCAAUCCGAUACUCAUCUCACAGCACAUCUCGCCAGUCGUUUCCAUGUCGGCUUACCAACGGCACGCCUCUCGUCCCAGGCAUUGAUCUCGCUGAAUACAUACACUUCGGCAUCCAAGGGUCCGGAUGGCGCAAAGGAAGGGAGUGCCGCGGGAGAGGCCGACGAUCUCGCGCGUCGGGCUUUCACUCGGCUGGGAGCGCGCGCGGAGAACCAGGCGGUGGUGUUCUUAGGAGAGAGUGGAUCUGGUAAAACCACCAUUCGCUCACACCUGCUAUCAUCUUUCCUGUCGUUCUCAUCAACUCCACUCUCCUCUAAACUCUCAUAUGCCGCUUUCGUUUUCGAUACCCUUACUACCACCAAGUCCGUGACCACUCCGACUGCUUCCAAGGCCGGUCUGUUCCUCGAAUUGCAGUACGAUGGCUCCUCCUCCCUGAACCCCACCUUGAUCGGUGGUAAGAUCAUCGAUUACCGAUUGGAGCGUAGCCGUCUCUCUUCCGUGCCCACUGGUGAACGCAGCUUCCACGUACUCUACUACCUUCUGGCUGACGAGGGUGGUGGCUUGUCCUCUGGAACGAUUAACCAUAAGCGAUGGCGCUAUCUCGGCCACCCCACCCAAUUAAAGGUUGGUGUCAAUGACGGGGAGGGUUUCCAGCAUUUCAAGACCGCCCUGCGUAAGCUUGAGUUCUCCCGUGGCGAGAUUGCCGAAAUCUGCCAGGUCCUGGCCACUAUCCUUCACAUUGGACAGCUGGACUUUACAUCUGGACAGUUCACUACCACGGGUGCCGAGGAGAGCGGUGGCUACUCCCACGAGGGGGGUGUAGGAUCCCUAGAGAAUAGCCUUGGCUAUAAGACCAAGACCAUCCACCGCGAGCGCGUCACAGUCAUGCUGGAUGCCAAGGGUGCUAGAGAAAAUGCUGAUGCUUUCGCCCGCACUCUUUACUCGCUUCUGGUCACUUGGGUGAUCGAGAAUUUGAACCAGAAGAUCUGCGCUGCCGAGGAUAGCGUUGCCAACACUAUUUCCAUCGUCGACUUCCCAGGAUUCGCUCAAUCCUCAGCGACUGGCUCGACACUGGAUCAGCUGCUGAGCAAUGUAGCAACUGAAUCUCUCUAUAACUACUGUUUGCAGUCCUUCUUCGACCGCAAGGCCGAUGUUCUUGACCGCGAGGAGAUUUCAGUCGCUGCGACAUCUUAUUUCGACAACGUUGAUACUGUUCGCGGGCUUUUGAAGCAUGGCAACGGUCUUUUGAGCAUCCUGGACGACCAGACGCGCCGUGGGCGAUCCGACGCCCAAUUCCUUGAAAGUGUCCACAAAAGAUUUGACGGUAAGAACCCAGCCAUCUCAGUCGAUUCCGCUGGCGCGACCAGCACUGGCUAUGUUUCGCAGGCCCGCUCAGCAUUCACCAUCAAGCAUUUCGCUGGUGAGGUAGACUACUCUGUCCAUGGCCUGAUCGAAGAGAACGGAGAAGUUGUAUCAGGCGAUUUGAUGAACUUAAUGAAAUCCACCCAGAGUGACUUUGUUCGUGAUCUUUUCGGCCAAGAGGCAUUGCAGACAAUUUCCCAUCCGCAGGAGAAGACUGCCAUUAUGCAGGCACAAGUCUCUUCGAAGCCCAUGCGCAUGCCCAGCAUGGCAAGACGCAAGUUUGACCAGCAAGCACGCCUUGCUGCUUCCCGUGCCGAUAGCGAAGAGGCAGAAGAUCACGAUAGCCAGCCAGCCAGCUCUAAGCGCGGCGCAGGGACUAGAAAGAGUGGUAUGAUGGGUCCUGCGCAGGGCGCAGCUGGCCAGUUCCUGUCCGGCCUCGACAUUCUUAACAAGUGUUUGAGUGCACCAAACCUGAAUCCUUACUUUGUCAUCUGUCUCAAGCCCAAUGACCGGCGUAUCGCAAACCAAUUUGACAGCAAAUGUGUGCGUAUGCAAGUUCAAACUUUUGGCAUCGCCGAGAUCAGUCAACGUUUGAGAAAUGCCGACUUCAGUGUCUUCCUUCCAUUCGCAGAGUUCCUGGGUCUAGCAGAGAUUGGAAAUGUUGUGGUCGGUAGCGACAAGGAAAAGUCCGAGGUGGUGUUGGACGAGCGACGGUGGCCCGGCAACGAGGCUCGUGUGGGAAGCACAGGUGUAUUCUUGAGCGAGCGGUGUUGGGCAGAUCUGGCCAAAGUUGGCGAGCGUGUAGUCCCAUCCUACGGACUCCUCGGUUCCGAGGAGGGCGAAGUCCACGCCAGCGGCAACCCGGAUGCCAAGGUUCGUCUGCUAAACCCGGCUAGGUACUUUGGUAGCCGUGAGCUGGAUGGACGCUCUGAUGCCGGUGCUUCUGCAUUCAACUCGGGUGACAUGUUCCGAAACUUCGAAACAAAAGAGCAGAUGCUGGAGAAAAAUAAUGAAAAGAAAAUGGAGGAGGUUGAUGAGAUCCCAGUUUCCGGCUCUCGCAAACGCUGGAUGGCACUGGUCUAUCUAUUGACUUGGUUCAUCCCAGACUUCCUCAUCAAAUUCGUUGGUCGCAUGAAACGAAAGGACGUCCGGGUGGCCUGGCGUGAAAAGCUUGCAAUCAACAUGAUUAUUUGGUUUUCUUGUGGUGUCGCCAUUUUCAUGAUCGUUGCCUUCCCCGGAUUGGUCUGUCCGACUCAGGAUGUGUACUCGAAAGGAGAACUCUCCACGCACAACGGAAAGAAUGGACAAAACGAAUUUAUCGCUAUUCGUGGUGUUGUCUUCCGUCUAGACGAUUUCGCGCCUACUCAUUACCCCGAUAUCGUUCCGCAGAAGGCGCUCAAGGCGUACGCUGGAACUGACGCGACCAACCUCUUUCCUGUCCAGGUUUCGGCUCUAUGCCAGGGUGUCGACGGAACUGUCAACCCUGCUGUCCCUCUAGAUUACCGUUCAAAUUUGAAUACCUCUGCGGAGACCACAAGUUCAACGAGUUUCGAUAUCAACGCCAAAUACCACGACUUCCGUUACUGGACAGGGGACUACCGACCGGACUGGUUCUACGAGCAGAUGGUCAUGAUGCGUGCCAAUUACAAAAAAGGCUACAUCGGCUACACUCCCGACUACAUCAAGACGUUGGCGUCAGACGGUGACAAUAUUGUUAGUAUCAAUGGGAAGGUCUACGAUAUGAGUUACUAUAUCGCUGGACCCCGUGUGGCACGUGAGCCCGCCGACAAAAACGUUUCCACCAGCAGCAUCAAUACGGACUACAUGAGUCCUCUCUUGGUUCAGCUCUUCCAACAAAAGUCUGGCUCCGACGUCACUGAUCUCUUCAACAAUCUCGGCUUAACCACGGAGGUGCGCGAUCGGAUGCAGCUGUGUCUUGACAACUUGUUCUUUGUUGGUCAUGUCGAUACGCGUAAUUCUGUUCGCUGUCAGUUUGCUCGGUACUUCAUUCUUGCCAUCUCGAUCGUGCUUUGCACUAUCAUCACCUUCAAAUUUGUGGCUGCCUUGCAAUUUGGAAAGAAGAACCUACCUGAAAACCUGGACAAGUUCAUAAUUUGCCAAGUGCCUGCAUACACCGAGGAUGAAGACUCGCUGCGUCGUGCCAUAGACUCCAUGGCUCGUAUGCGUUACGACGACAAGCGCAAGCUUCUGGUGGUGAUUUGUGACGGUAUGAUUAUCGGUCAGGGCAACGAUCGACCGACACCUCGCAUUGUUCUGGAUAUUUUGGGUGUACCCGAGUCUGUCGAUCCUGAACCACUCAGCUUUGAAAGUUUGGGUGAGGGUAUGAAGCAGCACAAUAUGGCCAAGGUCUACUCGGGUCUCUAUGAGGUCCAGGGUCAUAUCGUCCCCUACUUGGUUGUGGUCAAGGUUGGUAAGCCCUCUGAGGUGUCUCGCCCGGGUAACCGUGGUAAGCGUGACUCCCAGAUGGUCCUCAUGCGUUUCCUUAACCGUGUCCACUACAACUUGCCCAUGAGCCCCAUGGAACUUGAAAUGCACCACCAGAUUCGAAACAUCAUUGGUGUCAAUCCCACCUUCUACGAGUACAUCUUGCAAGUGGACGCCGAUACUGUGGUUGCGCCAGAUGCUGGCACACGAUUUGUCUCCUCUUUCCUCUCUGAUACUCGUCUCAUCGGUGUUUGUGGAGAGACGGCUCUGUCCAACGCGAAGACGUCCAUGGUUACAAUGAUUCAGGUUUACGAGUACUACAUUUCUCACAACCUGACGAAGGCGUUCGAAAGUCUGUUCGGUUCCGUCACUUGUUUGCCCGGUUGUUUCAGUAUGUACCGCAUCCGCUCAGCAGAGACCGGCAAGCCGCUCUUCGUCAGCAAGGAAAUCGUUGAUGCCUACUCGGAGAUUCGCGUGGAUACGCUACAUAUGAAGAAUCUGCUUCACCUCGGUGAGGAUCGUUACCUGACAACGCUACUUCUCAAGCACCACCCCAAAUUCAAGACCAAGUACAUCUUCCGAGCCCAUGCUUGGACUGUGGCACCAGAGAGUUUCGCCGUUUUCCUGUCCCAGCGUCGCCGAUGGAUUAACUCCACAGUUCACAAUCUCAUGGAACUCAUUCCGUUGCAACAGCUGUGCGGUUUCUGCUGCUUCAGUAUGCGUUUCGUCGUCUUCGUUGAUCUUCUCAGUACCGUCAUCCAGCCCGUCACCGUCGCCUACAUCGUCUACUUGAUCUACUGGAUUAUCACGGACACAGGAAACCUUCCCUGGAUCUCAUUCGUCCUUCUUGGUGUCGUCUACGGUCUUCAAGCAUUUAUUUUCAUCAUUCGACGCAAGUGGGAGAUGAUUGGUUGGAUGCUGAUCUAUAUGGGAGCUAUUCCCGUCUUCUCACUUGCCCUGCCCCUCUACUCUUUCUGGAACAUGGACGACUUCUCCUGGGGUAACACUCGUGUCAUCACCGGAGAAAAGGGCCGCAAGGUUGUCAUCUCCGACGAAGGUAAAUUUGACCCUGCCUCCAUCCCCAAGAAGCGCUGGGAGGAAUACCAGAACGAGCUUUGGGGAGCUGAAACCUCGCGCGACGACCGCUCCGAGGUCUCGGGUUACUCCUACGGCACCAACAUGGGUCCAUUCCAACACCAGCAAUAUCAAUACCCCUACGCCAAUUCUCGCACGGGCUCCCGCCCUGCUUCCCAGCUGGAUCUACCUCUCCUCAACUCGGGCUCGCGACUUUCGGUUGCACCGUCUGAGAUGAUGAGCCGCCACAUGGACAUGGAUAUGAGUAUGGAAGACUUGAGCCACCUGCCCCCGGAUGAUUCCAUCCUGAACGAAAUCCGCGAGAUCCUCCGCACGGCCGACUUGAUGACCGUGACGAAGAAGAGCAUCAAGCAAGAGCUCGAGAGACGCUUUGGCGUCAACCUAGACCUCAAGCGGCCUUAUAUCAAUUCUGCUACCGAGGCCGUUCUUUCGGGACUGCUUUAA